CUGUGCUGUACCAGCCCAUUGACCAAGACCUGCUGAAGCACACACCUGUGGACCACCCAGACUGCCUGCUGCUACAGGAUGCCCUCCGCAUCUCCCAGGACUUCUGUCUGGCAUCACUGCUGUCAGGCUUCUUCUGUGCCCCGUCUCAGGCAGCUCUCUGUCUCCCUACUUUCCCCAGCCCAGGGUUUUCCUUUUGGGGGUUCAACUUCUCAGCAGAGUCUGUGGCCAGGCCUGAGGGGAGGGUGAACAUGUACCACCACCUUGUGGAGACGCUCAAGUUUGCCAGGGGGCAGAGGUGGAGGCUGGGGGACCCUCGCAGCCACCCGAAGCUCCAGAAUGUCUCCUGGGACCUGCUGGGGGCCCUGGCCCAGCUCAUCCGCCAACAGAUCGAUGGCUGGGGGGACCACCAGCUCAGUCACUACAGCUUGGCUGGGGCCUGGGGCCACAGGACAGGCAUGUCCCCUGUGUCUGUGCUGAAGGAGGAUGGCGGCACCGUGGUUGCCACCAGUACCAUCAACACACUCUUUGGAGCAAUGGCGUAUUCACUAUGGACAGGCAUCAUCCUCAACAAUGAGGUCCUGGACUUAUGCGAGCAAUGCCCCCGGGGUUCCGGCACCACCCCCUCACCUGCAGUGAAUGGAGACAGGGUGGGUAGAGGUCCCGGAGGGUUCUGGCCCCCAGUUCCAGGCAAGUGUUCCCCGUCCUUCAUGGUGCCCUCUGUCUUGAUCAACAAAGCCCAGGGGUCAAAGCCAGUGGUUGGUGGGGCUGGCGGGGAGCUCAUCGUCUCUGCUGUGGCUCAGGCCAUCAUGAACAAGCUAUGGCUUGGCUUUGACCUGAGAGCAACCCCCAUCCUGCAUGUGAAUAGCAAGGGCUGUGUGGAGUACCAGUCCAGCUUCAGUCAGAUGGCCAGGAACGUCCCUUGCAAGGUCUCCUGUCCCAAGUUCUAG